GGCGCUGCCAGUAGCGUGCGGACGUAGUUUAGGACACUCUCUCUGACUCUGACUCUGACUCUGACUCUGACUUCGACUCCAACUCUGACUCGGGCUCGGGCUCGGCUUUUGGCUUGAGAGUCAAGUGGCUAGUGGCACCUGCACAAACUCUUGGCGGACAUUUUAAAUACUCAGUUGUUGACGUGGUGCGUGUGGCGCGGCGCAGGUAACUGAAUGCUGCAUGUUAACGGUAAUUUGCAGCCAUUAGUUGCCACUCACACACACACACACACACACACACCAAGUGCCACGGUGAUUAAAUGCUGCUGUUGAGAAGGCAAACGAAUUAUACGUGCAAACAUCGUGAAAGUGUCGGUCGCAUUACGCAUACGCAGCGUAUGCUGGCUCCAAAUUAAACCUGAAAUUUAAACGCGUAACGAGCUGCUUAUUGUUUCUUUAUUCGCUAGCCGUAUUGUUGUUGUUGUUGUUGUUGCUGUAGUUGUUGUCGCCAGUGUCCCCGCUAGCCUUGGCAAUCGUCGGGCAGUCGCUUGCCAAGAAAUUGGAUACGUUGCCGUAAAAGUUCACUUGAUUUAUAUUCAAUGCACAACACAAUGUGUCUUCCGAGCUAAGUCCCGCUGAGCUUACGCUAGUCCACGAGUAUUAGCCGAUGUAUUAACGUGGCCACUGGACUGCCAAUCUGAUGGCCGUUGUUUGCGAAAUGUGCUACUGAAACGGUGCUUAAAGCGAUCAAAAAAUAACAAAUAUCAAAGAGAAAUCGAAAAAAAAAAGAAAACGAAAAACGUCAAAAUAUAAUUUACAAGUGCAGCAUGAGUCAACCGCAUCAACAACAUGAGCAGCUGCAACGACGUCGCCGCCAUUGCCGUCAGCCGGUCGAGCCUUGCGACUGUUUACGUCCUGUGAUAAGAGUUUUUGGUCUGCUGACUUCAUUCGUUAUCUGCGGAGUGGGCGUCGAUGUCUACAUGCAUGGCUAUCAGGCGGGCCUCUAUAUACUUUUUUCAGCUCUGCUGGUGCUGUUCAUUGAGAUAAAAUGGCUGAUAAACAUAUUCCUGCAGCUACAAUGUGGCGAUGAUAAUUACCAGAGGCACGCCUGCUGCCUGGACUGCUGGCGUCUGUCAGCGUGGCUAGGCAGCUGGCGGCCGGCGCCCAUUUAUGUCGCCAUGGGCGUGGCGCUGAUACUCUUUCCCCACAAUCUCUGGCUGAGCUACGUGGCUGGCAUGUUUCUCCUCCUCCUGGCGUUGCUGCGUCUCUGCACGCUGCUAAGAUUCGGCGGAGGCGUUGGUCAGCUCAAGGACGUGGGUCUGUUGCCACAGUGCGAUUUCGAGAAAGUCUCCAGCUUUGUGGACAGCGUGGAGGAGGAUUUCGCUGAGGUCAGCGUCUCGCAGCAGGAGGACGACGAGCCGGCCGUGGAAGAUGAACUGUGCUAAUGGCAGCAGAUCUACUGAAAUCUGAAAUAAUGCUGUCGCCUGCAUUUACGCUUGAUUUCAAGUGCAAUUUGUUUAUACAUAAGGCAGAAUUUAGCUAGAACUCAUGUGUAUAUGGAAUAUGCAGUGUAUAUAAUUUGCCAUGUUCAGAACGUUUGUCAUAUAUACUGAAAAUAUUAAAAUAUUUUUAAUUUCAAUAUAAA